CUGUGUUCAGAGUUCCAUAGUCAUAUCAAACAGCAUGCCUGCCCCAAAAAUAGCCUCCCCAAAAUAAACAAGAUCCGGACAGAAGCAUGUUACAGCAAUGCGCGACCAGGCAGUAAGGGAAAAGAGAAAGCUGCUGGACUUAGGAAAGAGAGACACCAUGAAGCUUACCCUUUUCCUUAUUUUCAGUUUUCUGGCAAAUGUGGCCUACGCCAAUCUGGAAUCGGGUCUUCUAGAGCACCUGAUGUCAAAUUAUGAUAAGAUGACCAGACCAGUUACGAACAUAGAGGACAUUGUUCAGGUUAAUCUGAAGCUGACCCUCACCAAUCUAAUUUCUCUGGAUGCGAAGGAAGAGGCUUUGACUACCAACGUCUGGAUUGAAAUUACGUGGGAUGAUACUCGUUUAGCUUGGGACCCAUACAAAUUUGGCAACAUUACCGUGCUUCGUGUCCCCCAUGACAUGGUCUGGAUUCCGGAUAUUGUGCUUGAGAACAACAUUGACGGAAACUUUGAAGUUGCUUACUAUGCAAACGUGUUAGUGUACAACAGUGGCUAUAUGUAUUGGUUACCCCCUGCCAUAUUCAAGAGUGCCUGCCCCAUAGAAGUGACAUAUUUCCCCUUUGACUGGCAGAACUGCUCCUUGAUUUUCAGGUCAAAGACAUACAGUGCUAAUGAGAUCAAUCUAGAGCUUGCCAUGAGUGAUGAGGCAGAAGGGAUAAUCGAAUGGGUGGAUAUUGAUCCUGAAGCUUUCACUGAGAAUGGGGAGUGGGCCAUUAGGCACAGGCCAGCCAAGAAGGUCACCGAUCCAAAGUAUACCCGUGAUGACCUAGAGUACCAAGAAGUACACUUCUACCUCAUCAUCCAGAGGAAGCCACUAUUUUACAUCAUUAACCUCAUUGUGCCCUGUGUCCUCAUAUCUUCCCUUGUCGUUCUGGUCUUCUUUUUGCCAGCCAAAGCUGGAGGACAGAAGUGUACAGUCUCCAUAUCUGUGCUUCUAGCCCAGACUGUCUUCUUGUUCCUGAUAGCACAGAAAGUUCCAGAGACAUCUCUAAGUGUGCCACUCAUUGGCAAGUAUCUGAUGUUUGUCAUGUUUGUGGCCACUUUAGUGGUAAUGAACUGUGUGAUCGCACUCAAUGUGUCCCUAAGGACACCAAACACUCACACCAUGUCAGGAAAACUAAAACGGGUCUUUUUGGAAGUGCUCCCCCAGUAUCUGGGCAUGCAUUUGGAACCUUCAGAAGACUCCUGGGACAUACCAAGACCUCGCAGGCGCAGUUCCUUUGGGACAAUGCUCAAGGCAGAAGAAUAUAUUUUGAAAAAGCCACGUAGUGAACUUAUGUUCGAAAGGCAAAAGGACCGUCAUGGGCUGAAGAGUCUGUUCUUUGACAAAUUUGCGGAUGGCGUAGAUGUUGGUACCACCACUAACCUUUACAAAGGUCUUGCACACAUGGCUCCAGAGAUUAAAGACUGUGUGGAUGCCUGCAACUUCAUUGCACAGAGUACAAAGGAGCAGAACGAUACUGGAUCUGAAAUGGAAAACUGGGUACUGAUUGGAAAAGUCAUGGACAAAGUCUGCUUCUGGAUUGCCAUCCUCGUCUUCACUAUUGGAACAGUGGGCAUUUUCCUCAUGGGACACCUAAAUAAUGUGCCUGAACUCCCUUUUCCUGGAGAGCAAAAGAAAUACGCACCACCAUAACACCAUUUCCUGACUUCUUCCUGGUUAACAUUCUUACAGCCCAUAUACUAGGAACUUACAGACCUCCACACCAGACUUCAGUAUGAAUCAAGCUUUAAAAUGUCACAGUUCUAAAAAAUAUAGCAGAUGGAUAACUUUAUGCAUUAAAGUGCAACUGGUGUUUCAGUUUCUUCCAUGUAACCCUACACGUAGGGUUUGAUGAAAAGAGAUAUUUUACAGCCUGUGGUUUAUAUGAGAACUUCAGAUCAACUCAUAGCACUGAUUGAAUCAAUCAGACUUGUUUUUUUCUUUUCAGUUACUAUUGAGAAGACUUCCAUUGUCAUAAAUAUGACCCUGUAAGUGAAACAAAAAUGUACAGCUUUCCAUGAACAUCUUAAAAAUUGAUAGAAGGCUCAGCUUGCUUAUAAUCAACCUGCUGUAGGGAGUGGAUAUUUUAAAGUUCAUCUGGAAAAAUUAAAAUAACAUAAAAAGGU